AUGUCGUUCGAAGGCCGAGGCGGCUCGAAAGUCGGCUCCGCCGGGUUAGCCUCGGCGUCGCAAACCGCCGUGGACAGACGCGAACGUUUACGCAAACUCGCGCUCGAGACGAUCGAUUUAAGCAAAGACCCGUAUUUCAUGCGCAACCAUUUAGGUUCGUACGAGUGCAAAUUGUGUCUCACCAUCCACGGGAACGAAGGGAACUAUUUAGCGCACACGCAAGGGAAACGACAUCAACAAAACCUGGCGAAACGCGCCGCGCGUGAAGCGCAAGAGACGAAAGUUUUACCGCAACAGAGGAAUAAAGUCGUGCCGAGGAAACGGGUGACGACGAUAGGAAGACCGGGGUACCGCGUGACGAAACAGUUCGACGCGCGCUCGCGGAAGAGGUCUUUGUUGUUUCAAAUCGAAUAUCCGGAACGCGAGACGAACGCGAAACCGACGCACAGGUUUAUGAGCUCGUACGAACAAAAAAUAGAACCGUGGGAUAAGAAGUAUCAAUACGUGGUUUUUGCGUGCGAUCCGUACGAGACGAUCGCGUUUAAGAUUCCAAACGUAGAGAUUGCGACGAGAGGAGGAGGAGGCGCUUCGAGAGGAUUUAGCGGGUGUCAAGCCGCGUGGGAGGAAGGAAGUCAGACGUACGCGUGCCAGGUAUUUUUCGAGAACAGCAACAGUAGUAAUGCGGGUGGUAAUAUUGGUGGUGGUGGUACUGCACCAGGUGGAAUGAUGCCGAUGGGCGGUAUCCCGCCGCCGCCGCCGAUUAUGGGCGGGAUCGGGAUCCCGCCUCCUCCUCCUCCUCCUCCUCCGCGAUGA